GGUACCACUCUUACAGAUGCUUUUUUAAUUUCUAUAGUAACAGAAAAAGAAAGAAAAAGACAAUGCACUGCUAGCUGUUGUGGAAUUUGGAACAAAGACUUGGAACAUGGAAUGGCGAUUCGACUAAUGGCACGGCUGAAUAUUAUAGACGAUGAUGAGAACGCAGACUCCUUUGUAUUUUGAUUUAGAAGCUUCCUUGUGAUCUUAGCAGUAUGACUCGKCCUCCAUAUUAGAGAGCACUUCACACACAUCUUUUAACAUAGAACUGUAGCGUUAGGUCAUAUCAAUAUUCUUUUCUGGCAUAAUAUAAUGAUAUUCAUUACUUACAAAUCAAUGGCGAGACAUUGAAAGAUGGCUUAGUUGCUGCAAGCAGAAUUCAUCAAUUAGCUAGAUACCCAGACUAGUUUCGGCCCCUAAGGUUGAUAUCAAGUCACUCAAUUACAUUUUUCAAAGCAUUUCCUUGUUGUAUCUCUCUCAUUCCUACUGKUAAUUGUCUGUGUAUACAUGUCGUAAAUGCAUAAAACAUAUUCUAAAAGCAUACCUUUCUGUGUAGGAAUACAGGAUGUUGUGGCCCACUAGUACCUCUUCUGAGCUAAUGAAUCACCAUUAUCAUUCUAGUAAUUUUAUACACUAUUCCCUGUAUGUUUGUAUAUGUCGUGAUAUGUGGGUGAAUAUAUCUAUUUACACAUAGCGGGCAAUAGAGAAAUUGCUGUCAACACCUAUUAGAUAAACACGAUGUAGGGGGUCAAGUUGAAUUGUCAGAGAAUUAGAUGCCAAAACGUACAGUACAAAUAAUCUCUAGUUUUCUACUUGAGAAUAUUCAGUGAAUAUUUAGGGUACUUUUAGACUGUUUAUGGUUGAAAUACUCAUACCAGGCUAAAAAUGCGACGGGAAAAAAGCGACCAGAAACUUAAGUGGUUCCCUUGGAAGUAGUGUCAUGCGGUACCAAUUGAUUUUGCUGCAAUCUUCUUGUUUAGGGUCAAAAGACUAGAUAAAUCCUGGUUUUGCAGCGUAUUAUGGACUCGUCAAGAACUCCCUCAACUUGAUGGUUGGAGUUUCCCCGAUAUACACAAGUGUACUAGCCCUGCUGUCAUUGUUUCGAACGCCUACACCGCCAACAAASAACGCUACAACCACCACUUCCGCACGUCCAACAACAACGUUUUACUUGUUAACAAGCGUCGUUGGCAAUCCAACAAUUAAAAAACGUGUUCAGCUUUAUUGUAGAACGGGAUUUCACCUCGUCAUGCUGCCUGGAGGAACAGUUAAGGGUAGUACGACGCCUAAGGUUGUUAAAAACAAUGGUGUGUUUGAAUUGCAGUCGUUUGGUCCAAGUAUCGUGCGAAUGAUGAGCGUUCAACAUCAAAGAUAUGUCGCUAUAGCUCAAGACGGAAGAGUUCACUCAACAGUGAACGCAAGCUCAGAAACAAUCCUGCGACAGACUUAUGGACAUAAUUCAUUUGACUCAUUCAGUUCGUACAUCUACCGUGGCAAAGGACAGUACAGUCGGUGGUAUUUAGCUAUUAAGCAGAACGGCUACGUAAAGAAUGCUGGUAGGGUGUUACGUCGGCACAAGUCUCAUCAGUUUCAAGUAGUUUACCUYGACGAGAAAAACGUAAAGCCGUCCGUGGAUAUUCCAGGGUUAGCCUUCACUCCUAAACCCAAUAAAGGCUGAGAGCGCAGGUUGCUAUACUGAGCUAUUAUAUAGGUUAUCAUCAUUUGCAGGCUGCUGUAUGUGCUCAAGGUGGCUAAGAAAGAUGACACUUUUUCAGUCAGAACCAUAUCGACACGAAAUGCAGAAAGCAAGCAAUGCAACACGGAUACGCAGCGCAAUUCAUUCGGCUUUGCUCCAAGAAAGGCCGGUUAUUUGUUGGUGUUCCGGAAAUCUUGAACAUUGACAAUAAUAUCAAAGAAGACAAUGUAAACUUGAACUUUGGGAUGAAUGAAACAAACAAUAAUAUCAAAAGUUAU